AUGGGGUACUGCAAGAGUUCGAAGUACUGCAAGAGUAUGGGGUACUGCAAGAGUUCGAGGUACUGCAAGAGUAUGGGGUACUGCUCCUCUGUGAUCUGUGUGUGCGUGCUUCUGAGUGGACGAGUCUCUCCGGCCGAGUUAACCUGCGAAACGCUGAUCCUGCUGUCGACCAACCUGACAGCGAGGACGUUGGCGUUACUAAACCAGACGUUCACCAUCAGUAACUCCUCAGGUGUUUACUGCGACCUGUCUGUGGACGGCAUAGGAACCUGUUGGCCUCGAAGUGCAGCAGGAGAGCUGAUCUCCAGACCUUGUCCUGAGCAGUUCAACGGGAUCCACUACAACACCACCAACCGGGUGUUCAGGGAGUGCCUCUCGAACGGCAGCUGGGCUCCUCGAGGAAACUACAGUCAGUGCACCGAGAUCAUCAUCCUGAGGAAGAGCAAAGUUCAUUAUCACGUGGCCGUCAUCAUCAACUAUCUGGGUCACUGCAUCUCUCUGGGAGCUCUGCUGCUCGCCUUCACUCUCUUCAUGAGACUCAGGAGCAUUCGCUGUCUAAGGAACAUUAUUCACUGGAAUCUGAUCUCAGCCUUCAUCCUGAGAAACGCAACCUGGUUCAUCGUCCAGUUGACAAUGAACCCUGCUGUUACAGAGAGCAACCAGGUGUGGUGCAGGUUGGUGACUGCAGGUUACAAUUACUUCCAUGUGACCAACUUCUUCUGGAUGUUCGGUGAAGGCUGCUACCUGCACACCGCCGUCGUUCUCACUUAUUCCACCGACAAACUGAGGAAAUGGAUGUUCAUCUGCAUCGGCUGGGGUAUUCCGUUCCCCAUCAUCGUGGCGUGGGCUUUCGGGAAGCUUUACUAUGACAACGAGAAGUGCUGGUUUGGCAAGAGGGCCGGGGUUUAUACAGACUACAUCUACCAAGGUCCCAUGAUCCUGGUCCUGCUGAUUAACUUUGUCUUCCUGUUUAACAUCGUUCGGAUCCUGAUGACCAAACUGAGGGCGUCAACAACCUCAGAGACCAUCCAGUACCGGAAGGCGGUGAAGGCGACGCUGGUGCUGCUGCCUCUGUUAGGAAUCACCUACAUGCUGUUCUUUGUGAAUCCUGGAGGAGAAGACGAGGUCGCUCAGAUCGUCUUCAUCUACUUCAACUCCAUCCUGGAGUCCUUCCAGGGUUUCUUCGUCUCUGUCUUCUACUGCUUCCUCAACAGUGAGGUGCGCUCUGCAGUCAGGAAGCGUUGGAUUCGUUGGCAGGACCGUCACUCCAUCCGGAGCCGGGCGGUGCGUGCCACGUCGCUGCCCACCUCCCCGAGCAGAGUGUCCUUCCACAGCAUCAAACAGUCCUCCAACCUCUGA